AAGGAGGAGGCCAGCGGCGCGAGUUGCCACUCACAUACUGUUGGAAAGAGGCGAAGCAUCCCCCUCCCCUACACAACUCCACCAGAAUGGCUGCUUUUGGACACACAUUCCCAUUCUAUCCUGGCCCCAAGCCAAUCUUCCCAAUGGACACCACCUUGGCCAUCAUCAUCAUCAUCUUUCUGACUGCACUUGUCACUUUCAUCAUCAUCCUGCCUGGCAUUCGGGGCAAAAUGAGGCUGUUCUGGCUGCUGCGGGUGGUGACCAGCUUACUCAUCGGGGCUGUGAUCCUGGCUGUGAAUUUCAGUACUGAGUGGUCUGUGGGCCAAGCCAGAACCAACACAUCAUACAAGGCCUUCAGUUCCCAGUGGAUCCGUGCUGACGUUGGGCUCCAGGUUGGGCUGGGAGGAGUCAACAUCACGCUCACAGGGAUACCAGUGCAGCAGCUGAAUGAGACCAUCAGUUACAACGAGGAGUUUACCUGGCACCUAGGCAAGAACUAUGCUGAGGAGUAUGCAAGAGCGCUGGAGAAGGGGCUGCCAGACCCUGUGCUCUACCUGGCUGAGAAGUUCACCCCAACCAGCCCAUGUCGCCUGCAUGGCCAGUACCGCCUGGCGGGACACUACACCUCGGCCAUUCUGUGGGUGGCAUUCCUCUGCUGGCUGCUGGCUAACGUGAUGCUGUCCAUGCCUGUGCUGGUCUACGGGGGCCACAUGCUGCUGGCCACAGGCAUCUUCCAGCUGCUGGGACUACUCUUCUUCUCCAUGGCCACGUCACUCACCCCACCCUGUCCUCUGCGCCCGGGCACUGCUACACUGCGCGUUCACCAUGGGCCUGCCUUCUGGAUUACACUCGCGACAGGAGUGCUUUGUGUGCUGCUGGGCCUGGUCGUGGCGGUGGCCCACAGGAUGCAGCCCCACAGACUGAAGGCCUUCUUCAAUCAGAGUGUUGGGGAGAGCCCUGGGCAGGAGUGGAAUCCUGAGGAAGGGAGACUCCUGAGCCCUCGCUAUCGGUCCACAGCUGAGAGUCCUGUGUCCCAGGACAUUCCUCUAUCAGAGGCUUCCUCCAAGGCAUGCGAUAAAGAGGAGCACCCCAGAGCGCCUGAUAGUGCCCUAUAGGGUUCUUCUGCCAGGUGGCCCCCAGAUUUCUAAUCUGGC